AUGAAAUCGAAAGGCUGCGAAACAUGCGGCCCGACGAAACUGUGGAAAACUGACCUUUUAAGCCGUUACAGCACGGUCCUUGGUCAGAGCUGCUACGGAGCCACGUUUUACCCCGUCAACUGGGGACUCGGGACUCGCUACUUUGUCAAGGCCAACGACGGCGAAGGCGCACACAGUGUUACCAGACGUGCAAUCGACCUUGAUGAUGCCGAGCAGCUUGUCCGUCGAGACGCUGGCGAAACGGUCACCUGUUCCGCCCAUGGCGCAGCUCCUCAAACUUUCUCCCUCAAGGAAUGCGUUGAGGCUGUCAACCAAAUGUCCGAGAAGAAACUUUCGACGGCUAGCCACGGGGGUUGCAAGGUGGCACUCGUCAGCGGCAACGAGAAAGUGGCCCCAGGCCUCAUUUCCGCGAAGGACCUCCAGGCAGGUGUUCACAACAUCUUGAAUGCUUGUGCCAACCCAGACACCAAGGAAGCUGGUACCAGCAAGUCCGGCACCAAGAUCGACGAGAAACAAGUCGCCAUGAUCCUCACCAAGAACUGA